GGUCGAUGAGAAAUUGGGAGGACGGACAAAAUGCGGGCGCGCACCCGUCAAGAAUUAUACAGCCAGCUGAGCCUGUCAAUCAGAACCAUUGCAAGCAAGGAUUUUAUCAAUCCGCCUCGGCCAACGCCUUCCUGGGGCCUGCCUUCAACGCCUGCCUCGACGCCCACGCGGACGUAGACCCCGCCCUCCUCCGUUAUUCUCGUCUCCCCGUCCAAUUACCUGAUCACAAGGCCGUCGCCGCGCCAGACCCAACACGACCAACCCGGACCCUCAUCGGCCAUCGCCCCUCGCCUAUUAUCAUUCCAGCAACUCACGAACAAUCCACGCACAUCCCGCUCCAUCGCCGCUUCCUGUCAACAUCCCCUAUCUCAACCGGCAGCAACCUUAGCUGCCUGGCCCUUCCGACGCCUGUGAAGAUGACGAUCAAUGGUAAGAUGCAGGAAGAGGACGUGGUUGUCAUGGAGGGCGUCCUCGUCACUAGUUCGGCCUCCACUGGAACCUGGCCGAGGUCAUCCCCUGCAGCCGCCGGAUCUUCAUUGUCGCCAACAUCAUUGUCGUCGACAUCGGUGCUAUAUAAGACGGAAAUGUGCCGGUCUUGGGAGGAGACGGGCGCAUGCCGUUACGGUGCCAGGUGUCAGUUUGCACACGGAAAGCAGGAGCUACGACCGGUGCCUUCGAGGAACAAGCCUGAGGUGAACAUGCCUAGGGUGAGCGCUCAAGCAAUCAACACACCUCGGGAAGUGUUGCCGAGUGAAGAAGAAAGAAAAUAA